CACCAUCAUCAUAAUCAUCAUCAGCAGCAGCAGCAGCAGCAUCACCACCAUCAUUCUCAUCAGCAGUCAUGAUCCCUCGUUGUCUCCUUCUGGUUCUGCUGGUUCUUGCCUGCCUUCAGUCCUUCGCGACAGCCGAAAGUGAAAGCGGACCAUCUCAGUGCUGUUUCAGGUUUCAGACACAUCGAGUCCCAGUGAGACUCAUUUCAGUGUAUCACAGAACAGAGCGUCAGUGUCCAAAACCUGGAGUCAUCUUUACCCUAAAGACCGGCCGUCAUUUCUGUGCAGACCCCGAAGUCCAGUGGGUGAAGAACAACAUGAACAAAAUUGACAAACCUAAAGAAAGUGCUUAAAACCGCUCUCAUUAUAUAUAUAUAU